GCAAUAGGCUUUAGCAAAGACGCAAUCUUGCCGCACAAAUGACCGCCAAUAUCACUCGAAAUUUGAUCAACAAGCAAUACACUAUCGUGUACCUGUAAUAAAGUUUUUUUUUGGAGAAAAAAAACAAGCAAUCGCAAAAGAAAGAAACAAGUCGUGUCGCCAAAAUGACGGCCAACACCACUAAAAACUCAAUCAGCGUCCCGGACGAGUACCUGCACGUGCUCUGCGAUCCGUGCCGCUUCAGCGGAAAGACCACCGUGGCCAUGAAGUACUGUCGCGACUGCAACGGACACUUGUGCCCGAACUGCGUGAACACGCACAUCCGGGUCUCCAACACAAAGAACCACCACAUGAGCUACAUCAUCAACAAGAAGAACAACUUCGUGACCACGGCGCUAACUACCACCACCGCCGACCUGGUCUACGGUACCGCCGCCCAGAAAGCCUUGGAGGCGAAGUGUGUCGACCAUGGGAAGCCCGUCGUGUCGUUUUGUGCCCUGCACGACGCGCUUUGCUGCCGCGUGUGCAUUGGGACUGGUCAUCGAGAGUGUAAAUUACAGAUCCUGUCGGAAGCUGCCAAUGGAAGUCGAGAUGGGAAGGAAAUCCGGGGGAUCGAAACGGUCAUAAAACGGCUUCAAGCCCGUUUCGAGGACAUACAGCGAGACAAGCAGACAAACCUACAACACCUGGGACAUCAGAACGACACUUUUUCCGGGGCUAUUAAAACCUACCGGAGAACAGUGAACAACGUGCUAGACAAGCUGGAGCAGAAUCUGGUGAAAAAACAGGAUCGCCAUUUUGAAACCAAGGUGGAAGAGUUGAGAGGGUGUCUCAAGACGUGUCAGUCCGCCAUCAGUGUACUGAAUGGGUCGCUCAAUAAGUUGGACAUAGCUACGCGCCAAGGCGACGAACAACAGCUAUUUAUGACCAUCAAAAAGGUUCAAGCUAUCACCAAACGAUAUGAGAAGAUAUAUGCAGACGUGGACAAGUUACCAAGGAACUACGCUUUCCAUUUCAUACCUGAGCUCUCCAUAGAAAAGUUCCUAAAAGGCGUCUCAGAGCUCGGAAAAAUCAAGGACGAAAGCACGACGUCUAACGGUCUCAACGCCGUCCCGAAAACCAAAGGAAAGAGGUCACCAAACGAUUCCGGAAGUGACGAGAAACUAAUGGCGUCCGUCGACUUAAAGAGCCGCCAGAGGUCGCCACGAAAGACCGAGUCACCUGUCAAGCAGCUUCUGAAGCAGCCGCUAGGCACAGACGAGUUUAGCGUUAGGUAUGGAUGCCUUUCAUUCGAUAUUAGUUUUUGA